UUCCCUCCGCCCCAGACGGGAGCAGUCGGAGCUUGGGUAGCUCGGUGGACGCCACCUAGCCCCUGACCCUCUUUCUGCCCAUAUUGCAUCCAGGCGUACUGGCCAACAGCUCCCGGGGUGUCCUCCGCGAGUCGGUAAGAAAAUUGCUGUACUCCUAAUGAGCCUGGCACUGUGGUACAUUUGUGUGCCAUCAUCUGAGUGAAUUUUUUCAGCGACCCUUUGAGAUAAUGAUGCUUGGACUGAACUACUAAGGGUUCUGAAGUGAAAAGUCCUAACAGUGAUAAUGGCAGGAAAAUCAUCACUUUUUAAAGUAAUUCUCCUUGGAGAUGGUGGAGUUGGGAAGAGUUCUCUUAUGAACAGAUAUGUAACCAAUAAGUUUGAUGCCCAACUCUUCCAUACAAUAGGUGUGGAAUUCUUAAAUAAAGAUUUGGAGGUGGAUGGACAUUUCGUUACCAUGCAGAUUUGGGAUACAGCUGGUCAAGAGCGAUUCCGAAGUCUGAGGACACCAUUUUAUAGAGGUUCUGAUUGUUGCCUGCUUACUUUCAGUGUCGAUGAUUCACAGAGCUUCCAGAAUUUGAGCAACUGGAAGAAAGAAUUUAUAUAUUAUGCCAAUGUAAAAGAGCCAGAAAGCUUUCCUUUUGUGAUUUUGGGCAACAAGGUCGAUAUAAGUGAACGGCAGGUGUCUUUAGAAGAAGCCCAAGCCUGGUGCAGGGACAACGGUGACUAUCCUUACUUUGAAACAAGUGCAAAAGAUGCCACCAAUGUUGCAGCAGCCUUUGAGGAGGCAGUUCGAAGAGUUCUGGCUACUGAAGAUAGGUCAGAUCACCUGAUUCAGACAGACACCGUCAACCUGCACCGAAAGCCCAAGCCCAACUCAUCUUGCUGUUGAUCACUAAAGAUACUGUCAGUGCAUUCUAACCAACUCACACAUGCACAAACAGUAAGCAUGAGGGUGGGUAUGAGUAGUGUCUGCAGCAAUGUUCAUCUACUAAUAAAAUUCAAUUAGUGCAUAUUUGCUGCUUCAUUAGUUGGUGGGAGAAGGGGCACAUUCACUAUGGAAGAAUCUAUUUACUCAGUAAUGGUAUCUUACAUUUAUACAUUGUAAUGGUUAUCUAAUGUUCCUUUAAUUUAAAACAUUAGAGCUAAUAAAUAAGAUGACCAAGAAUUUAAUUGUAAUUCAAACAUAAACUUGACUAUUCUAGAAGUUAGACUUAGAUUCCCCCCCCCCCGGAAAAUGGAGAACUACUUUUAUAUGUGUAUAUUUUUAUGUAAUUAGCAUUCUAUUCUUGGUUCAGGGAAAUCAAUUCCUACAGCAAUAAUAUUAAAGAUUAAAAUCUGA